AGAGAGAGAGAAAAAGGUCUGGCAGGCCGCAGAGCGCGGCAAACGAUUGGACGCUUGUGGUGUCGUUCGUCAGCCCGCUUCGCCGUUGAUACCCAAGAGCCAAGCCCAGUCACAAGGUCGGGCAGUAAAACCAGCCAUUUGAUGGAGAAGUCAAAAAAAGAACCCCCCAGUCGAAAAGGGCACAACGCACCAGACAGCAAUGCUCCGUCAUCUUUGAGUGACACCCCCGUCUGGUUCGGCCCUGGAGGUGGAUCUCCCGCGCACACGGAGACUCACUCCAACAGCCAGACUUUAGCAUCGCAGCGCAGCCCAAGGGAGCCAGCCCAUCCUGUCUCAUCCAGACAGCUGGCAGAAGACUCAGAGAACGUUGUUUCUCUCUGUCCUGUGGCCACGCCCCAGUCGAGUACCUGUUCCAGGGCCUUCGUAGCCAGUAGACCUCCAUUGAGGGGAGGGGUGGCUGCCGCAUUCGAGAUUUCAAUGGCGGGACGAAGAAGAAAACACUGCCGUCGGGGCACAACGCAGAAAAAGCCCUUGAUCGGACACUCACACAAGCAGGACUGCUCUGCUGUCCGGCAUCGCAACACAUGGGCGCACAAGGACGUCAGCGCUACUACAGCAAUGGAAACUCGAUCUGGAUGAACGUUCCGCGUUGGUAACUUGGUGCCGUAAAAAGCUUACUUGUUGGCGCGCCGCACGAAUUCGCAACACCCCCAGCAGGCCUUGCCAGGCUCUUGACCCCCGUUCGAGGGCAAAUCCAUUGCAACGGUCGCGGACGGGAAG